AUGGCCGAUGAUAUUUCUCCGAAGACCCGCGACGACGACAAGUCCCUUGAGGACAAGUCCGCCACAGAGGGCAAUGCUAUCAUCGAAGACAAGACCGCUACCAAGGAUAAGGCCACCGACGAGGGUAAGAUGAACGGUGACAAGUCCAUUGUCAACGGCAUGGCUAUUGCUAGGAGCAAGCCUGCCGUCGAUGAUCAGACCGCUGUCCAGGAUGACGCCACUAUUCAGAACAAGACAGCAAUCGAGGGUCAGACUCCUACUGAUGACAAGGCUAUUGUCGAUUGCCAGGCUAUUGUGGACAAGCUUGCAAUUGAUGACAAGUCUACUGCUGAGCACGAGACCUUUGGCGACGGUAAGAUUGCCCUGAAGAAUGCCACUGAGUCGAACGAGAACAUCCUCGAGGUCGUCCCCCAGGAGCAUGCCGUACAAGCCACCAUCGCAGAGUCUAUCCCCAUGGAGGAUAUCAUGGACAACUUCGAGACUACCCUCAUUCACGACAAUACCUAUUGUUUCGAAAUCAGCAUCACCGAUAUUCACAUUGCGAAUUACAUCGCGACCGAAGUUCGCGUCGGCUCCCCACAGCCCCCCGCGCUGCCCCUUAAGAACGAGUUCAUCGGUGUCGGACUGUCUACGGAGUUGAUGCAGCGCAUGCAAGUCAUCGAGCAUCUCAUCCGCAAGGACAUGGGUGAAGCUUCGUUCAAAGUUGACUUCGUCAUGUGCGUUACCGAAGCACCUAUCAAGUGGAAGCGACGCUGCCCCACCGUCCUCGUCCUCGCGCAGCAGAACUCGAACAUGGUCGCCGGUGCACUCUGGGGCCCCGACACCCCGUACCAAGGUAGUCGUUGGUUGUACAUCACCGACAAGCUCCGCCGCUACCUCAUUGAUAACAACCUCGGCAACGUCGCGGUCGAAUUCCGCGAGCAGGGACUCCAACACGAUGAGAUCACGGCAUUCGAGCAGCCGGGCUUAGUUCUCGAUGUCGAGCCGUACGCGCGAUUCAACAACGGAGAGGGAAUUAUGUUUGAAGUGAUGGAUCAUCUAACCGAUUUCAACGCUAGCCUCACACCUCACCUCGAGUCGAUCAAGGUCACUUGGACCUCUUGGGCCCACAACCGCGCCUACGGUGAUUUCCCCGCUAUGGUCUUUGAGUUUGAUCUCGACUUCGACGAGGAGUACUUCUGGCCUCCUCUGGCCCAAGCCGCACGAAACAUCCUCGACAUCGCUGGCCAGAGUUGGUAUGGAAUGCCCGUGCUCUUCCGUUGGGCAGGCCAGACUCGUCUUGGUUGGUAA